CACUGAUUCAUGUAUUGGAUUUGGUUUUCAAGUGAUUCGCUGAAGACUUGUGUCAAAUGAGUGACACUUUGGACACCGUUUGGUCACAACUGUCUUCGUGCAGUGUCUGUGGGAAGCGUUUGGACACCAAUUCGUGUCCACAACUGCUUCCGUGUUGUCAUUCUUCGUGCAAAGACUGCAUCGAAGACAACGCCAACCAAAUCAAUGACUUCCACAACACAUCCAAUGAAAAACCCCAAUUUCUGUGUAAGAUCUGUGAUCAGGAAUACACACCCGAAGAGUGCAUUGACAACACAUUUCAACUGAUCUAUUGGUCCAAAGCGAAGAGCGGUUCCAAUGAUAACCCGUUGUGUGUGUCAUGUGAUGGCGAACCCAAGCCGGCAGUCAUUCGUUGCGAGUCUUGUGCCGGUCAUUGGAUUUGCGAGGACUGCCUCAGACUUCACAACACCAUCAAAGUCUUCAAAGACCAUGUGUUGGACCACACCUCCAAAGUGUGUCCCGACCUCACGCUUAAGACACAGACCACGUGUUCCGAACAUAACGAGGAGAAGAUAACGGUGUACUGCAACACCUGCCGGAAGGCCUUCUGCGCCCGAUGUAUACUCCGUGACCACAACCUCCAUGUCUAUGAAGACUCCAAAGACAGCAUUCAAAUAAAUAAGACAUUCGAGUCGUUGCGCUCACGAGUGGCACAAAUCAAAGAGAAGAGAGACUUUUGCGAGACUACACUCCAGACGUUUGAGACCAUCGAGACGGACAUCGAUCGACAAAAGAAUGUCUGUAUCGACAAAAUCAAAGCAGUUGUCAAAAGAUUGCGGACUAAAGUGGAGGAAAUGGGAACCGCUCUCUUGGAAAGGACGUUUGAGACCAUCGAGACGGACAUCGAUCGACAAAAGAAUGUCUGUAUCGACAAAAUCAAAGCAGUUGUCAAAAGAUUGCGGACUAAAGUGGAGGAAAUGGGAACCGCUCUCUUGGAAAGGGUGACCACUGUCUGCACUCAGAAGGAAAGGGAUUACAGUACGAAGAAAAACGAGUUGAAACGUAUGACACAAUCGUUUAUAUUCAUCGAGCAGUUUAUGUCAGCCAUUCUGGACCUCAACGAACCCAUGAGUGUCCUGAAGGCACAGGACCUCCUCACCACUCAGUUGCAGAAGUUGUUGAAUAAGCCGUGCAGUCAUCCAGACUUCAUAAAACCAUUUAAGAUCGAAGUGAAGGACCAGUUAUCUGAUGGCAACGGCGAUGGACUCGAUAUAAACAAAAUGAUUGACGGGGUGUUGAAUAUGUGCUUUAGUGUCGUGACCAGUGAUGACACUCCCAAACCAAGUGCUCAAAUGACUAACACAGCUAAUGCCUGUACUAAUAAAGACAACACUGGGUUAGACGAUGACAUCACAGAGAUAUUAGAAUUACCGAACUCUCGGCCCAACUCUCGAGGACAGACACGUCAGACACAAACACAGACACAGUCACAGUUGCCGACAAAAGUAUUGGUGGCCACUAUAGGUAAUACACAAACCACAGCACAACACACUUAUGAUUAUUAUAACCAAAACCCGCAAUUAAAACAAAUGUUGACCGCAAACCCAAUGUCCGCUGUGUCCAAACCCACGCCUCUCACGAGGGCUUUGCGAAAUUUGGGAUAUGGGAGUCCAGCUGUAUAUCGCGGACCAGUUCCCGGUCUCCAAAGCUGUCAAAUGGUUCAGAAUGUCGCCACUCCUCCCAACUAUAUGAGUAUCGUGACGAUGGCUAACCCACCAAAUGUUGCCAUCACUCAGUCAUACAAUCCUACCACUAAUGCAAAUGCUAUACAAACGGCCAACACUUAUGGACAUAACAUAAGGACGUAUGCGGGCGGCAACAUAACAGCACACACUGUCCCACAACUGUCCAAUACUUGCACAACGAAUAUGUCGAGCGGACAGGCAUCACAUAUGGGCAAAACAACUAUCAUAUACCCGCCCAACACUAACCCACCACAACAACGACAACGGCUACAACAAAGCCAGUUAUUGGCGCGACUUAAUCAACCGCAACAACACAACCAACAAGCGGGCGUCCAAUUUCAGUAUAUUCAGCCCCAACAUACUGUCCCACAAAACCAACUGACCCGUCAGUCACUACAACAACAUGUUCUCCAAACACAAACCCAUCACAAAUCUCAGUCACAAAGUCAUCUCUCACUUCAAACUCAAUCACAACUCUCCCUUCAAUCACAAGCACCACAACAUACACUCCAAACACAAUCUCUAUCACAACAACCCCUUCAGCCACAGACACCACCACUUCAGCCUAAUUCACACCAAUCUUAUGCAACGCAUGCCUUACGUGACUACGAGAAACAGGAGAGACUAAAAGCCAGACAACGAGAAGAAGACAAAUUGAAACGUUUGGCAGAACAGCAGAGAAUCAAUGAAAUCGCCCAACAGUUACAGCAAUCGAGUCAU